AUGUCACCAGAAUAUCAGGACUCUAAAAACUGCAAACUCGAAUUACAAUAUGCACAAACACAAGGAAAACGAAUCAUUCCAUGCAUAGUUAGCGAUAAAAAAGGAUGGAAGCCAUCUGAUUGGCUGGGACUGAUAACAGCAGGACUCUUGUACAUCAAUUUCAAAGGUGAUGAUUCAGAAGAGAACAUUCAGCUGAAAGCAAAGGAGUUAUGUGAUCGAAUAAAAGAGCAACCUUCAGCAUCAACACCACCUUCUGAACCAACCUAUUUGAUGGAACUACUUAAAUAUGAAUAUAUACAAAACAGCUGUGUCAAUCGUGUAAUGAAUCCAGAAAAAUCGUUUCCGAUCGAACAAAGCUACAUAAAUUUAGCGAUAGUGAAAGCUAAAGAGCAACACCAAAAAGAAAAGCAACUUCGUGACGCUCAGCAUGGUGACGCCAUCAUGAGUAGUUUUGAAGAGAUUUACGGCAUGAAAACUGCAAUAGAUAUCAAGGACAUUUUUGAAACAUGCAAAAAUCAAAAGAAACAAGUGCUUGUGUUUGGACGAGCUGGAAUCGGAAAAUCAACAUUCUGUCGUUAUGUUGCUUACAAGUGGGCAACGGGCUCAUAUUGGCCACAAUAUGAACUACUUGCCUUCAUUCCAUUGCGUCGUUUAACGACCAACCGCUACCCAUUAUUGCCACCCGGUCAGAGCUAUUCACUCAUUGAUCUCGUGAAAACAGAAGUUUUUCCGUAUGAUCUGUCUGAAAAGGAUAAAAUACUUCUGAAAAAACACUAUGAUACAAAAAAGAUUCUCUGGAUUUUGGAUGGAUAUGAUGAAAUCGUACAAAACGUACCACAUCAUUUGGAAGGCUUAUUCGAACAGUUACUUAAGACUCCACACCAUAUUUUGACGUCCCGUCCAUAUUUGAAUACAUUAUCAUAUAAUGUGCAAAUGGAAAUUACAGGUUUUAUCGACCAAAAUAUUAUCAAGUAUGUUGAACAAUUUUUUGAUCAAAUGAAAGAUGAAUUAGAUGAUGCGUCAAUUCAGAGUGAAAAAUUAUUGAGCUUCUUACAAUCGAAUGCAAGUAUUUGGGGUGUUGCACAUAUUCCAAUAAAUCUAGAAUUGAUCUGCAGUCUUUGGAGUAACACAAGUUGGCCAGAAACAGAAAAAUUAACAAUCACGACGCUUUAUAGUAUGAUGACUGAAUGGCUAUGUCGGCGAUAUUUGACAGCACAAAAUAUACCGAUUCAAAAAAUCCCUAAAACCGAAGUCUCUCAACGUUGUCAGAAAGAAUUAGUAUUUUUAGAGAGUCUAGCCUUUAAGGCAAUGGAAAGUAACACAAUAAUUAUACGGCCAACUUUACUGGAACAAGUAUUGAAUGAAACAAAAGUUUCUUUACAAGAUUAUCCACAUAUUCUCAAUAUAGGUAUUCUAAAAAGUUUUAACAAACAAGGAACUGGUACUCAAAUUGAAACAGACAAAGAUCACUAUUUUGUUCAUCUGAGCUUUCAAGAGUACUUCGCAGCACGAUACUUAAUUAAUGUUCUUAAAGAUGUUUCCUUUCGCAGCUGGUCUCCUUAG